CCACGCGUACCGGACGUCCAUAUAUCAAGUUCCUCUUUUCAACUUUCAAAAUAAUAUAUAUUUUUAUUAUUAUUCAUAGUGUCAGUGUACAUUGUGUCUUGUAAUUGUUACUAAAUAGCAUUUUCUAUAAAAGUUAUUUUUUCAUGAAUGAAAUGGAUCUUUGAAUGUACAGCACUUCGAGUAUAAACAUUUGUCACGUGUAUGCGACAUCUCAUGCGCUCGCAAUUUGCUGAUGCAUUAUUUUUAAAAUAGAUUGACAAUCGUUUUUCCAUUUAUAGAAAAAAUAUUUUAUUUACCGUGAUAUUUUAUCAAUUGAACAAAAAAAAAAAAAAAUUAAACUGGAAAAGUUUGCUAAUUUUUAGUGCAGCAGCAACUAACGGAAACUAUUCUUCCUUAGUAGUGAGAGAAGUUGAGGAGAGAUCGGGAGGAAAAGCGCGUGGCGGGAAGCUUGCGCGUCGGGCCCGUUCUUUCAAGGAGGACUUCCUGGAGAAAUUGUCACAAAUGCGUUCUCCAGGAGGUAGCACUGGAGGCGGUGGCAGUGCAGCCGGUACCCGGGCGGCCUCACCCUCAUCUCCUCGCACUCCUCGUGACAAGACUGCAGCCACUGAGAAUCAGGACAAAAAUCCUCUUCGUGAUCUUCACAUACACGUUCGCCAGGUUCAAUUGGCCCUUCUGCACUUUCGCGAUGUCGUGUCGAAAAACAAGCUCGAGAUGCUUCCGGGAAACGGUACCAUCGUCCUGGAUACUGUCACGACAAUACACACUGUACUCAAGUCUUACCUCCUCUCCGAGAACAGCUCGACAUUGGGCUCGGCAACGAAUCAAGUGUACCAAGCACUGGCACAAUUGCUGAAACUUUGCGAUGACGUGUUGCUGCAUGGAGAUCAAUCUUCAGCUCUAGACACGGAGAAUGUUAAUCAUGUUAUUGGUCUGGUGGAGGAUGCUGUUAAAAAUCUAGUGACACUGGCGCAAGAGAAAAUUUCCAGUCGACAGAAACCUCCACCAGUUGCUGGGAGUAAUAAUAGAACGUCGGGAUAUAGUUCGGAAUUGACAGCUCAACGGAAUUCUCUACCUGACAUUCCACUGACACCGAGGGAGCGACAGAUUUUAGAACAGGCAGCGACAACCAGCAGCUUAGUUCGUAGUUCACACAGUUCUGAAUCAAUCCUUAGAGAUUCGAGUCCACCCCCGAAACCCCCUCUUCCUGAUAGAACAAUUUGCGUGUCAGAUGAAAAUAGUUCUUCGGGAACGCCGCCACCUUUGCCACCGAAAAGAAGAACUCGAACUGAACAAUUGAUAGAUGAAACUGAUGGUCUAUUGACAACCAGUCUCGAUAGGGUUUCAUUGCGCAGUAGAUCUCCUGAGGAUUCAUCGUCCCUUCUGAGUGCAUCAGCUGGAAGUUUAGAUUCGGCACUUAAUCAUUCACGGGACGAGGACGAAAUCCGAGCAAUUAUGGGACCAAACGAUGAGUCUCUUAACGACAGUAUGGAUCUUAGUUUAAUGGCGACAAUUCAAGGGAUGCAAGUUAAUGGAACGUCACAUUGCGGUUGUUGGGAAGGUUCGGAAACAAGUUUACCAAACACUAUGUUGCUAGGUCAUCAAACUCCACAAGAUAUUCUCGGUCCCUUUGCCGGAAUCGAGGCGAAAAUGGAACGACUAUCGACACAAACUCAAGAGUCUGGUUUUGUAUCGUUACAUUCGCAGAGAAGUUCUUCGCAAAGUUACACCACCUCGAGUAUUGCUUCGAAAAGAUCCUCUCAGCAAAGUAGUAUCAGCUACAAUUCACAGACAUUUAGUUCACAGCAGCAGCAACAGCAGCAGCAAUCGUUUUCACAGCAAAAGCUCACCACCACCACCGAUAAUAAUGGCACAGUUUACUCGCAAAAAACGAUAACUAGCUCAAAAAGUUCAGUCAGCACGACAAAUAUAACAAGCACUGGAGAUCCUUCACUCUUGGAGAAAUUGGUAAAUGAAAUUGAGGAUUGUUUAGCUGCUGAGGCGAAUGGCGUUCCGCCGGCGCUUCCGGAAAAACGAUCGAAACGCAGAAAAGAGCGACAUCCCUCGCAAUAUGACAAUGUGCCCGAAAAUGAACACUUGUCAACCUGCAGUCUUUAUAGCAACGGCGAUAGUUACGAUUCCAGUAAACCACCACCUUUGCCAAUCAAAAAACGACACAUGUUCCAAUCUGUGGCUUAUUCUGUUAUGGCGUACAUGGAAAUGUUUGGUAACAUUUCGAGUAACAACGAUUUUAAUUCGGAUUUGGAAACGAGACACUCAAUGGCAGCUUAUAAUUCAAUGCAAGCUGAAUGGCAGCAGCAAGAAAUGUCUCUUACAACGACGCAAUCUUGUUCUUUUAUGACACACACGUUGACAAGUUUGCACGACAGUUCGAGCAUUUCGAUCAACACGACACCAUCGAUAAAGGAAGUCGUGAGCAAUUCUAGUCUGCCUCCAGCAUUACCGCCAAAGAGAUCUCGUUCCAUGAAAUCAAACGUUACCCCACCUCCAAUUUCACCGAAACCAACUGUCAGCAUGCAAACUAUACAUAAACCAGAGACAAUUUCGACAUCGACUCCACUAAAGAUCGAAGAUUCCAAAUCUAUCCCGGAAUCUAAAUCUAUUACACCUUCCACUCCUGCUUCUUUGAAUAAUAAUUUACAUGCGGACAAUUCGUCGAGACCAGCGAGCGAUGCCCUGUCGAAUAUAUCUGUCGAUGAAAAUACACUUGAAUUACAUGACGUUGAUCAGGAUGACAGUAUUUUAGAUGAGCUGGAGAUAAAUAAUUGUCUCGUAUUCAAAAAAUCGGAGGAGGAUGGUCCCGAUAUUCGUGGUGGACUUCCGGAUGCUUUGCUAAUUCAUGCCACCAAAGCAAACAAACACGACGAAAAGGAAUCAGAUUUCUUGUACCAAGAAGCAUUUUUAACAACAUAUAGGACUUUUAUGUUGCCUCUGGAUCUAAUUAAAAAGUUACACAGGCGACAUCAACGUUUCUCCUGUUCUCCGGAUGUUGCGAAGCAACGAGCUGCAAGGGAGGCCUUCUCUCUCCUAGUCAGAGUCGUUAGCGAUUUAACAAUCUAUGAUCUCGAUGACAAACUCCUGCAGACAUUAAUGGAAUUUGUUCAACAAUUGGUGUGCAGUGGCGAUUUAACGAUGGCAAAAGCGUUGCGCGUGAAAAUAUUGGAAAAGCAUACAGCAAAGAAAAUGCAAUCGACACAGCCAAUUCUCUCGUCAUUAAGUGUCUCGACAAAACAAGCGUCAUUAUUGGAUUUUAAGAGUGAGCAAAUUGCCGAGCAAAUGACAUUACUUGACGCUGAUCUUUUUAUGAAAAUUGAAAUACCCGAGGUUUUAAUAUGGGCACAAGAUCAAAAUGAAGAGAGAAGUCCAAAUCUCACACGAUUCACGGAGCAUUUCAAUAAAAUGUCUUAUUGGGCAAGAUCGAGAAUAUUGGAGCAUCGUCUUGAAAAUGAGGCGAAGGAUCGUGAAAAAUAUGUUGUGAAAUUCAUCAAAAUAAUGAAACACUUGAGGAAAAUUAAUAAUUUUAAUAGUUAUCUCGCUUUAUUAUCGGCGUUGGAUAGCGCGCCAAUUAGACGACUCGAGUGGCAAAAACACAUUACCGAAGGAUUGAAGGAAUAUUGCGCUCUUAUCGAUAGUUCAAGUAGUUUUCGAGCAUAUAGAAACGCUUUGUCGGAAACACAACCCCCCUGCAUUCCUUACAUUGGUCUUGUCCUUCAGGACUUGACGUUCGUUCACAUUGGGAACAACGAUUUGUUGCCUGAUGGCUCUAUUAAUUUUUCAAAACGAUGGCAACAAUUCAAUCUUGUUGAGAAUAUGAAGAGGUUUAAAAAGUGCACGUAUCACUUUAAAAAGAAUGAGCGCAUUAUUGCGUUUUUCAAUAACUUCAGUGAUUUUCUCUGCGAGGACGCAAUGUGGCAAAUAUCCGAGAGCAUAAAACCAAGAGGCGGAAAGAAGUCAUAAACAAAAAUUGAAUCUAAAUUCUCUUCUUAAAGAAAAGAAGAAAUUAAAGCAAAAGAAAAGAAUUCCCCCGAAAGCGGCAAACAAUGCUCUUUUUAAAAGGUAUUAUUUUUUCCUUAUUAUUAUUUUAUUUACUAUAUAUUAUAUUAUUUAGAAAGCAAACGAUAAAAUUUAUUUAUCGUUCGUCAGAUAAAAAAUGAAACAAAAAAAAUCGGAAUUAUUCCCGAAUUCGAUUAUUUAACCGACCUCUAUGAGGUUGAAUUUGAAAUUCAGGUUUUUUUAUGAAAUCUCUAUAAAUAUAUGAAUAUAAUGAAAUACGCGUUCUUCGUGGAGAGAGAAACCUGAGAAAAAAGAAAAAAAUAUGUAGAAAAACGCCAAAAUACGAUCUCGCGCUCUUCGUUUUAAGCCUUUUGAUAUAGGGCUUUUGCGUAGAUAAAUAUUAAUGUUUUGCUUUAAAAAAGAAA